AUGCAAGCCCCGCCCCCCGUUAUCAUAGAGGCCAAGUCUCUCACUCUUUCGCCGGUUCGCCAUCAUAGUGAUGAAGGCAGUGAUGUUGAUAGUGACCAGCCGUCUAUGGCGAAUCGAACCCUUGGCGGACGUCUCAAUACGUGGUGGAGACGAACAACACGUUCCGUCUUGGGUGUGCCUGGUACUCCUCUGAGGUCACAGGGGAGCUCUUUCGGGGGCCAGGGUACUGCUGUUGGGAGCUCCAGCUCGAGCAACAAUCAGGUGCUGCAUCAAUCGUCAGAGGCUUAUCCUUCCAUUGGCAGCAGCCCCCCUUAUGUCCCCGACUCUGUCCCAAUGCUCGAUGGUGACGACCAACGUAGUUUGUGGAUGCCUGAUGAGAAGUGCACGGCCUGCUUCGGCUGCUCGAGAACCUUCCAUGCCUUCCGUCGGAAACAUCACUGCAGGAUAUGCGGUCGUAUCUUCUGUUACCGGUGCAGCAAUCAUUUUGUCAAGGGCCAGCACCGUGUCUGCGACCACUGCCAUUCGGCCCUACUGCAGCAGUCUCCGGAU